AUGAGUCAAUCAACAGCAAAAAACUUAAGAGAUUUGUUGAUUAAGUAAUAACUCAAUAGUAAAAUAAAAUUUAAAGGGGAACCUGUUAACAAAAUGCAACCAAAUAGAAAAUAAUCAGGAAAUUGGGAUAAAAAAGCUGAUAUAUCUCAAUGUUCUUGUAAUUAAAAGAAUUGUUCUAUUUGUAUAAAGAAAAGAGUAGUGAUUAAUGCUUCUCCUCUUUUAAAAGUUAAGGUAGCAACUAAAAAUCAAGCUUGUGAAUAAGAUAGUAGAAGAGAAAUAAAAGUAACAAGUUCAGUUUCUGCUCAUUAAUCUCCUAACCGUGAGAAACAAUAUUAAAUGCAAUAGAUGUUCUUACAAAAGUAAUUACAAAGCCACUUAUAACAAUUAUAAGANUUCAAUUUUUUCAAUAAUUAUAUUAAUCUAUUUGAUAGUGCGUUGCAAUUGAUUUUUAAGAUUGAAAUAAAUUAGAUAAAUCGAAAACUCCUUGAGUAGGCCAUAAUGUUUUGA